CCUCUCUCUCACAUCUGCGCUAUUAUCUCCUCUUCCUCCUUUCUUUUUUCUUGACAUUUUUUUUCUUAGGAAAUAUAAUCAUCGGUUGACCAAAAUGCCGUACUGCAACGUGAGCAAGGAGAGAGCGUCGGAAGAUAAUGGAAUCGGGACGACAAUUUUCUAUAGGAGAUUCGGUCGGGGGGGCACCAAAGUCCUCCUCAUCAUUGGUCUAGCGGCAACGCACGAAGCUUGGGGGCCGCAGAUUAAGGGAUUGACUGGUGUUUAUGAGCCAAACGAUGAGGAGGAAGCGGUGCUGUCUACGGCAUCCGGUGAUUGUUCUGACGAGAAGGAGCAGGCCGUGGAUGGGAUCGAGGUGUGCUGUUUCGAUAACCGCGGCAUGGGCCGAAGUUCUGUUCCCUCAAAGAGAUCAGAGUACUCAACGGCUAUCAUGGCCAGUGAUGCCCUGGCUUUGCUGGACCAUCUGGGAUGGAAGAAAGCUCAUGUUUUCGGUCACUCAAUGGGUGCUAUGAUAGCUUGCAAGUUGGCAGCAAUGGCACCAGAGAGAUUACUUUCAUUGGCUUUGCUUAAUGCAACUGGUGGAGGCUUUGAGUGCUUUCCGAAGGUUGGCCGUCAAAGUAUAUCCAUUGUAUUUCGUUUCCUAAGGGCAAAGACUCCACAGGAUAGAGCUGCUGUUGACCUGGAAUUACAUUAUAGCAAGGAAUAUCUUGAUGAAUGUGUUGGAUCAAGUACAAGAAGAAAAAUUUUGUAUCAAAAAUACGUUAAAGCAAUAUCAUCAAAUGGAAUGCAAUCUAAAAAAGGAUUUGAGGGGCAAGUGCAUGCAUGCUGGACUCACAAAUUGUCAUCAAAAGAGCUCGAUGCAAUCCGUUCAGCAGGCUUCCUGAUAUCAGUCAUCCAUGGCAGGCAUGAUGUCAUUGCCCAGUUAUAUCAUGCAAGAAAACUUGCAAAGAAGCUUCAACCGGCUGCAAGAAUGGUAGAAUUCCAUGGUGGCCAUUUAGUGAGCCAUGAAAGACCAGAUGAGGUCAAUGCAGCUUUAAUGGAGUUGAUAAAAGCAACUAAAACAAAGACCAUAACACUAGAAUGGUCAAAUUUGCCCAUGGCUGAAUCAGAUAAACAUGGGUGGCUUAUUUUGAGGAAGCCCAUUAUCUUGAACAAUAUCAACACAACUAGGGAAAGCUAUCUACUAACCACCUAUGACAUACUGGGGAAACUACAACUCAGCUUCCUCUAUCUCGUAGGCAUUUUUGUGAUGGGAUUUAACUAUAUAAAAACUUCUUUCAGCAUUUUAUUGAAGCCAGUCAGAGUUUCAGCAUCAGAUUAAUAGCAAUAGAGGCUCAAAUCUCCUGCUUGUACAAGGUAACAUCAAACGGAGGAUUAUUUAUUAUGUUCGAACGCUGAAUGUAGAACACCGUCCAGAGAUCAAUCAGAAUGCGUCACGUCACCUCUUCGCUCGGUACCACGGCUCGGUACUGUUUGGUACAAUGGCUCGGUACUGCUGAUGUGACACAUUCUGAUUUAUUUCUAAACGACGUUCUAUAUCUAGUCUUCGCAGUGAAUAAUAUACACUCCCUGUAAUUUAUGAGCUUCUGUACAGAACUGGGAGAAGACUAAGGAUGCAGAUGGAAUCAGAGAUGGAUUUCUUUAUGCCUUUCUGUUAAUCCUUUGCUAUAUGUAAUUGAUCAUAUUAGUGGAUUCUGAUUAUUUGCGGGUCUAUGUACAGUAAAAUGGGGGACAGAAAAAAAUAAUAAUUUCAUUCAUUACAUAAA